CGACAGGAUAUGACGUAAAAAUAAUUCAAAGGGAACUCUUGACGAUCGCACAAUUUUCCAAAAUGUAAUUUUCGUUUGAGUGGACUGUAUCUUUAACUCACGCAAUUUGAUAUGAUCCUGUGUUAUCCUUUAACUCGCGUUUGAGGGGCGGACCGUUAACCAACUCGGGCUAAUUAGGAGAGCUGCUAGCUGCGUAUGUUGCUACAGAGAAAUGUUUACGCGGAGAAACAAUGGCGAGGCGGGUGGGAAAAUUACGACCGAGUCCCAACGAAGAGGCCCAGUUGAUUCAAGAAGAAAGGGAAAGGAGGAGAAUACUGCGUAUUCAACAGGUUCGUGAGCAGCAGAAGAACUUUGCUCUGCAGACACGGCAGAAUGUUGAGCAGCGGCGUCAGCGUGAGCUGGAGCUGCUGGGAAAGGAGCUGCGGGAGGAAUGGGAGCAACAGCAGAGCGAGAAACUACACACGCUGCAGAUGCUGUACGAACAGAGCCUCCAGAUGGUCGGUCAAGGACAGAGGAUGGCCAAAGAAAAUGAGCCCGAUUUGGCGGCCAUAAACCAAAGGGAAGCGCUGAAUCACGCCAAAGCCGAGGAGCGCUUUCGAGAUGCCCUCAAGGAGUUGAAGUCACAGAGGCUUAAAGAUAGCGAGAUGCAAAGCCGUACAAUCAAUGCUAGGAAGAAGGCGCUGCAGGUAGAAAAGGAGAGAUCCUCAAAAGUGGCCAACCUCCCACCGCCUCCAUCAAAUCCAAUUCUGCAGGCGAUUGAUUCUGCGAAAUCGAAUGUAGGAAGGAAAGCCGACAUCAGUGCCUUUGCUAGCACACGUUACCACAUGCCUGUAGCCACAGUGGAUCGGGCAGAGGAAACACAACAGGCGGAUGCCCACGAGGGAGCUGAGCUGGCGAUGAAGAGGCUUGUGGACCUCCAGAGAGACUGCGAGAGGAAGAGAGCAGAGCAAAUAGAGACGGCGCGUCUUCGAGGGAAGACGGCUCUGAGGAAAGAGCACCGUGCACUGGACCGCGACCGGCUCCUUGUUGAAUUGGAGCACAUGCAGCAGGCUGACAUGCUCAGGAGGCGGCAGCAGGCAUUUCAGAUACCGCCAGUGAUCUUCCAGCCGCCUCACAGGAGACAGGAGAUGAAGGACGACUUCCAAAGGGACAUGGAGUUUGCCUUUGAAGACAUGUACACCAGAGAAAGGAAAAUCAAAGGUGACCUGGUGGGCCGGCUGGUCCCUGAACCGCUUCCUGCCGUGUCCACAAGCAGCCAGGAUUCCGAGCUAGAUGUCACACUCGAUGAGACUACCACAUCCAAACAAGAAAAGUCAACAGUGGACCCUGCAUCGCAGGACUCUGCCCAUGUGAAAACCGACAGGGCAGCUCCCAGACAGGCCCUGAAGAAUCUCCUCAAUCGCAUCAGGACCCAAAGGAGUGAGUCGACAAGCGGCAGCGGUGGCAUCCCUGAUGCUCAUUCUCUCGUCACCGUUGCCAGUCGGGUCUCAGAACGGGACGCCGACGUCAUCCCAGAGCGGGAUGCUGUCGUCAGGCCCGAGGAAGUUGCGGAGAGUGCCGCGGUCGUCGAUAAAGAGGCGGUCUCGGAGCAAGACACAACCAUCGACACGGGCUCCCUCAGCAGCCAGCCCACCCAACCUCCAUCAUUAUUUGAAGCUGUGAAUCCAAGCAGUCAGCCAGGCCCAGCAGACACUCAAGACAGAGAUGACCUGUCCUCCAAAAUUCUGGAAUUUGAAGCAGAGCGAAAGAAAAGGGAGAUGGAGCUGGAGCGGGAGAAACAGCAGCAGAUGGCCUUGCUACACGAGCUGGAAGACCAGAAGGCCCAUUUGGAGCAGCUGCUGCUCAGGGCUCAGCAGGAUGGAAAACAACAAAAGGCCCAAGAAAUCCCUCUUAAUCAAGCAGAGGUACCGCCGGUUCAUGGCCAGGAAGUUUACGGAGAUCCACAGCCGUUAACUCCUGAGCACACCAGGAGAAUCCGAGAAUGUCAAGCGCGCCUCCUGGAACAAAACAGAAUUCAUCAGCAGUCUAUGGACUUGGCUCGACGACGCCUGGAAGAAUACCAGCGCGCUCUCCAGAGUCGUCACAACAUGGCCACUCCACCUCCUCCUCUGCUGCAUUUACGCUCUACAGAGCCACAAAUUGCUGCUGAGUUUACCUCACCAAGAUCCGCUGGUCCAGCCAUGCCACCCAGUGUUCCCUCCUCCAGUGCCAGCUUUGCUCCCACCCUGCAGACUGCAGAACCAUGUGAAAGUUUAAUCAUUCCUAGGCACCAGCAACAGGAGAUCUCCGAUCUUGCCCCUUUGAUGAGAAAAGUCGUUUCAAGAGUUGCGGAGCGAGCUAGAAGCCCGCCGACUACCACGGACACACUUCCUUCUCAACCGGUCAUCAGAGAGGCACUUCCUCCUAAAAUGGUCACCAGAGAGUUACUUCCUCCUGAAGUGGUCAUCAGAGGACCAAUUCCUCCUGAAGUAGUCACCAGAGUACCAAUUCAUCCUAGAAUGGUCAGCACACAGCCAGUUGCUCCUCAAGUGAGCACCACAGACUCACUUCCUCGAACUCCAAUAGUCACUAGAGAGUCACUACCUUUUACAAUGGUCACCAGAGAGUCGCUUAGUCUUCCACAAGUCAUCAGAGAGCCACUCCCUCAAUUGGUCACCACUGAGCCAGCUCCUUCUCGAGUGGUCACCAGAGAGUCACUUCAUCCGCAACCAGUCACCAGAGAAGUACUUACUCCUCAAGUGGUCACCAGAGAGUCACUUCAUCCACAACCAGUCACCAGAGAAGUACUUACUCCUCAAGCGGUCACCAGAGAGUCACUUCAUCCUCAACCAGUCAGAAGAGAAGUACUUAAUCCUCAAACGGUCGUCAGAGAAUCCUUCACCCUUAAACCAGUCACCACAGAGUUUCUCCCUUCUAAAACGGUCACCACAAGCCUUCCAUUCCGGCGGCCCAUCCAAACGGUCACAGAGGGUCGCUUUCCACAGUUUGGAACACCUGCAGAAGAUGACUCCGACCAGGAGGGUUCUCAGGAGUUCCACGAGCGGCAGCGGGAAGGCAAGAGAGAAAGCCUUGAGGAGCUGCGACAAAGACAGCAAGAUAGUCUGGAGCUCCUGAGGCAGGAAAAGGAAACAUUGCGGGCUCUGAUUAAUGUUGAUUCACAACUACACAGUGAGGACUCGGCAGAGGACGAUGCCGGUCAAUCCCGCUCGGGACUACUUUCCUCCUUGCUCAAAAUCAUAGAAGAAUCUAACGGGGGGAGUCUGACCCAACCGGGGCAUCUGCAGACAGAAGUCAAUCCACGUCUUCAACCCCCAUUCUCCAGCGAGACUGUCUCUCCAGUCUCACUGCAUGCUCCUGCUCGAGCAGGAAAACCCCCAGUGACACGCGACAGGCUGGGCAUGAUGAGGGAACAGCAUGAGCUCAGCGCCAUUCAGGAAGUCGAGACGCCAGUAAACACCAGCCUGGUGACAGGUCCGGAGGACGUUUUCUCCCUGCCACAUCACACAAGGGACUGGUCUCUGCAGGAGCCAUAUGAGUCCUCCGUGACCACCGAACAUACUCUGCAGACCCCCUCCGUACCAAGUUCAAGGAAGUCCACCCCACCACUCUCUCGAAAAAAUCUGGUGAUGGGGACUGGAAUAUCUCCAGAUACUUCUGAGCAUGGUUCAUAUCAACACAUCUCAUCCAACUCUGAGAGGGGAUCUGAUUCCUUUGACAUGUCAAUCACGUCACUCACGCUCAGCGACUCACUCCCACAUGCUACCAGGGCACCUGGAGGGGCAAGUCUGCCGUCUACACAUGGAACUACUGAUCUGGAAUGCCUGUCCACAACCACCCUGUCCACUGGGAGCUAUAUCACCAGUGAUCCAGAGGCAGGUAAAUCUCCAACUCUUGGAGCCGCGGAGUCUUCUCAACUUGGCACCUCCUCCAGUCAUGCUGCAGGUCAACCCCAAGCUGCUCUGCCCAGCGCUCUGUUCAGCGGCGGCAACGUCCAGCGGAUUAUCGACCGAUAUACUCAAGAGCUCGACGUCUCUUUCAGCGCCGUGGUUAAAAGCACAGACACCGAAGUCUCCGUUUUGGAGGAGCUUCACCCUUUAGGCCAAGCCACUGGGAGGCAAGAGGACGAUGACGAAGCAUCUCGCGUGACUCUUCCCUCUCAAGCCGCCCACACAACGGACAUGAAUCAUGACCAGACUGCCCACCCAAUCACCGAGCAACUCUCAAUUUGCGAGGAUCAGGAUUCGUUCAGACCUCUAAUUGGUCAGCCGGGGGAUCAGUCCUCCUAUCUUCUCACCGAACAAAGAGACACCGGCAUGGAGCCGCUGGUGGGUCAACCGUCGGCUCACUCGUCUAUGAUCGGGCAGCCAUCUGGCCCGCCACUUUCUGCCGGAUGGGACUCUGAGUCACAUCACGGAACAAGUCUGAGUCACAUCACGGAACAAGUGUCGCAAGAGUCAAGCCAGCGCAGGCAUAGAGACGAGCGAGACUCAUGUGCGGGUCAGCUUACGUCUCGGACAGAACCGUCAUUGUUGGACGAGCAUCCGGAGGAGAGCUCCAUGAGACCGCUUGUCGCAGAGUUGGACGUGUCUUCUGGCCAGGACAGUGGAAGCUCAGGUGAAAGAACUGUCACGGAUCUCAGCGCUUUGUCGGAGGCCGCCAUUGUUCCGCAUGUGUCGUCACCCCCCGAAGCCUCCGAUCACAGUGCUUCAGUCCCCGGUGUGAAUCCUCUCCCGCCCGCAGCAGUCUCCUUUCACCCCCUCCCGGCCGAGGUCACCAACAACGAGACGGCCCCGGAUCCAUCCGCCGUCUUUCAUGACUCCUCCAACGGACGUCUCUCCAGCGGCGAGCUCAGUACGUCGGCACAUUCCGACCUGCAGUCACAUGAUGGCGUCUCUGAGAGCGAGCAAUCCACCGAGCACUUCAGGGCGGAGGACGACUCUCGCCAGACAUCCGCUUGGCAUUGCGUCGACUCUCCGCAGGCUGUGCAGCUCUCCCAAUCUGACGCGAGUGACACUUCGUCUCCAUUCAGCAUACUCCCGGAGGACAAUGUGGAAGAAGAGCCGCAGGGAGUGCAGGUUCCAAUUGCCGACCCUCUUGCAGAAGUGAAGGCAGAGCACAAUUUGAACCUGAGGAUGGAUCUCACUGCUAAGCUACCGGAAGCAGGCAGUACCAAGGGCAUCCUGGAGCAGUCCCAAAUAACAUUGUUGAGCUUGACGGACAUCACACUACAGGAUAGCAUUGAGCCUGAGGAAGAAGUCAUGUGGGCGGAGGAAGAACAGAAAGGCCAUGAGGAGUCCCAAACAACCAUCAUGAAGGAACCUUCAGGGGCCUUAAAAGAUUACCAAAGCUCAGUACAUGCAGGCAUGCUGCUAGAGUUCAACUGGGGGUCCCGAGACCAAGGGCACUUUGAGGAGAAGCGCCAAAGUCUUCUGAAGAGAUCAGCCCGCCGGGUGGAACACGUCAAGGCUAAAGGGGCACUGGCCAGGUCUGGAGCAGCGGCUGAGGGCAGCGUGCAGUCAGGGGAACGCCCUCUGCAGACCAAGGCUCAGUCGGCCCACCGGUGGGAGCAAGUCAAAGACAAAGGGGCGCCAGGCAAGACUGGAGCGGCUGCAGAGGUCUGCAGGGAGUGUCCUGCACAAACUCAACAGGAAGCCAAAGUUGAUAACUCGAAAACAGCCAAGUCCACUUUGGUCAAGCAACAAAAGUCCCCGACUCCUCCAGCAACGAGCAUCUCAACAAAGCUGAACGAGCACAACCAAGUCAAGAGCAGCAAACAAGAAGUUACUGAGAUGCACAAACGAACUCAGAGACUGUACGAGCAGCUGGAGGAGGUGAAGUUGCGCAAAGCUGUUCAGAGCCGACAGGAGGCAUACGCCAGGAACAGACAGAAAGCCAAAGCUUUCCACAUGGUAAACCAUCACACUCACUUUCCCUCUUGGAGACAUUAUGCUUACAACGGGGCACUCAACUGACGCAAAGUAUGUUUUUAUUCCCACACAGAAAACCCUUCAGAAGCUCCGUGCCAAGCAGACUCAUCAAUGAGUGAAUGUUUUCAAACUUGUGUAAAUGAAGUUAGAGAUUUUAUCAAUAAAGCUUUUAACUUAUUCAA